AUGUCGUACAUUGCAAGUAUCUCGCGCCGCUGCAAACAAACCCACCGCGAGAUUGCAGUGAUACACGAUGUCGUUACUACGACUCACAAUGCGCAGGAGCUCGCUGAGUUGCGCCAAGAAGCCGCCGAUCCGAAACUCUGGGAUGACGCUAGCAACGCUGCGUCGGUGGUGCAGCGACUAGCAGCGUUGGAAUCACGGGAGACUCGCGUUCACGAAUUACAUCGCCAGUUUCUCGACACCAAGGAGCUUUACGUACUCGCAAAAGAGGAAGAGGACGAGUCCAUGCUGGGAGACUGUGUGAGUGCAAUGACUGUCGUGCGAGCCGAGGCGCAGCAGCUUCGACUGGAAUUCUUGCUGUCCCAUGAGACUGACGCCCACUCAUGUUUCCUCGAGAUCCAAGCGGGAGCUGGGGGUACUGAUAGCUGUGACUGGACAGCUAUGCUGGCGAGGAUGUACGCACGCUGGAGUGAGAUGCGUGGCUUCCAAGUGCAAUACGUUGACGAGUCUGUUGGCGACGAGGCUGGCUUCCGAUCGGUCGUAUUAAAACUAGACGGUGUGUAUGCAUACGGUUGGGCCAAGAACGAGGCUGGCGUUCAUCGUCUUGUCCGCAUCUCACCGUUUGACAGCGCCGGGAGAAGACACACGUCGUUCGCGCAAGUGCGUGUAUAUCCCAUGGCUGCUGAAGGCCGCUCUAGCGCAGAAAUCGAGGUGUCGACCAAGGAUCUACGCAUCGAUACGUUCCGAUCGUCCGGUCCUGGAGGACAACACGUCAACUCCACAGACAGCGCUAUCCGCAUCACCCAUUUGCGUACGGGGAUCGUCGUUCAAAGCCAAUCUGACCGAUCUCAACAUCGAAACAAAGCUGAAGCGAUGGCGAUGUUACGUGCCAAGCUUUAUCAACGGAAACUUGAAGAGGAGGCAAAAGCGAGACAGAAAUUCGCUCAAGGACUUGGAGAUAACGCGUGGGGUAACCAGAUCCGGUCGUACGUAUUACACCCGUAUCAACUCGUUAAAGACCAUCGCACUAAUUAUUCGGAAGGCAACAUAGCUCAAGUACUUGACGGUGAUAUCGACCGGUUCAUUGAGAAGAUGCUGCUUCAUCAAACAGCACCAAAUAACCCAGAUGAGGGCAGAUAA